GAAGAGGGAGAAAGAAAACAAAAAGAGAAAAAAGAGGCCGAAGAAAAAAAGAAACAAGCAACAGAACAAGCCAAACAACAGGAAUUAAACCAAAAAAGAGAUAAUUUUAUUACUGAAAUCACUACUGCUCUGAACCAAGAACCCAAAUUAACUGAUAACGAACUCAGUUCCCAGUAUCAAAAUUGGCCACAACAAAUAAAUGGUUUGACUGAUAUUCAACAGAUUACCAACCUCCAAGCUAGAUUAUUAGCCGAUAUCCAAGCCCGUCGUCAAGACAAAAAAUCCGCUCAGGAAGUCAAAGAAGACCUCAAAAAAGCCCAAACUGGCACCAAGGAAGAAAAAGAACAGGCUUGA